AUGUCUACACUGCAUUUCUGCGCUGUCGAUCUUUUAAAUGUAUUGCUUAAGCGUGAAACUUCUUCCCAUCGCUUUGUACAAUGUCAAGUUUAAGUAGUGAUGAUUUUUUUGAUGAUGUUAGUGAUGAUAAUAAAAAGAGAGAACGUAAUUCAUCUCCCGACUCUCGAGAUGCAAGUGUCGAUGAGAGUAAAACUUCCAGUUACGAAGAGAAGUCUCUUGCCAAUGUUGAUAAAAAAAAUUCCUCCGAAGUGUCCCAAGAACGUUACGACAGUGAAAGCGAAGAUCUUGAAAAUUCUGUGAGUGAAGAAAACGAAAUUGUAGAGGACCUCGGGGAAAAACUUGAGCAAGAUGAACACGAUGUUGAAGAUAAAUACAAACAAAAUGACAGUAAUGAUGAGAGUGAGGAGUUGGAGAACUUGUUUAACGGGUCACAGAGCAACCCUUCCUGUUCCAUUUCAUCGCAAGCUUCAAAAUCCUCCAGACUGCGUCCCACCUCGGCGAGAAAUCCCAUGCGGGUAUUGAUUAGUUCUGCCUCCUCUACCCACCAGUCAAAGAUGGCAGCCCUGUCACACGCUGUGGUGCCCAUAGCGACGGCAGCAGACGAGGAGACCAGCUUCAUGCCCAGGAGCAGCCUCUCCCCUCUGUUGGUGUAUAAGAGCCCUGUACACGACAGACUUUCCACAUCCCGGGGCUCUAGGGACACUUCUUCUAAACCACCUCAAAAUACCAAGCCACCACAGCUCACCACCAGCAACAAAGGCAUCAACAGAGUUCUCUCCAGCAAGGAAAAUUCAUCUAAAAUGGGUUGCGUGCAAUUGAUUGGUGUUCAGUAA